AUGAAAUCGAAAAUGAAAUCCACAGCAGCGACAAGGGUGGGGAACCUGACCAGUGGUCUCCCUGAAAGGUGCAGCAGCAGCUACAACACCACAAAGAGAGAAAGAAGAAAUGGCCACACGGAAUCUCAGAAUCACCUUGAUACUUGGACAGAAGAGGAAUGGCAGACCAAGGAAGGACCUGGCACGGCACGACAAGAUGAUGACUCGCAUAAACGGUACCUACCCAAGAAGGCUUGGGAGAAGUUGAGUGAAAAGGAAAAGGAGAGGACGAACGAGAAGAUGAGGGGUCACAAGGUGGGAAGCAAUUUGUUGGCAAUACCGCAGAGGGAAAUGAGGCCAGGCGGGAAGCUAGUAGGGACCGAAAGGAACAAUGGAGAGGAAACGGAGGACAAGACAAAAGACAACAAGAAAGGAGGCACAGCAAGCAAACGCAGUGCUAAGCAGGAUAAACACCAAAAAAGAACAGAAGACGCGCCAGGAUGCAAUGUCUGCGAAAGAGAAAAUAAACAAUCUACUGAGGUCGAUUGA